UGAACGUACCGCUGGCCAGUAAACUGUGAGACUUCCACCGAUUCGUCAGGUGAAACGCCGUAUAAUUAUUAAAUUUCUCUUUUUAACUGUGUUACUGGAUAUCUUAACUGUACGGUAGUUUGCUUCGAUUAUCUGUUUGAAAGAUUUCAGCCGUAUCGAUAUGUUAACUUGUCACAUCGGUUAGCUGUCAGAUUGUCAAAGAUACAACAGCGUAUCACCUAACUUCUCUUCUAACUUAUUAUUAGUCGCGGCAGUGAAAAAGCGACGUCACAGCAGCUAUGGAUAUCAGUUGGCUACGAACUGUGAAGUAAGUCUGGUGUCUGUACACAAUUGAUCGGUUUGAGGAAACGUGUAUAGUCCGGUGCAGAGUUAUUCGUCGCUGUGUCAAGGAGGCUGAUCGUUAUCACGACGUCAGAAGCGUAAUAAACAAGUUUCAUUACGAAUGAAGUAUCAAAGAGUACACGGGACGGUGAUAUUGAGAAAUAUAUAUAGAAGUCAUUAUAAAACGUAGAACCACGUGACAACAAAAGAUCUCGCGCGAGAGCAAGAGCGACAGAUAAUAAACAAUCGAUCGAUUUGAAAUAAUUCGACGGUGUUUUCACAUGACGCGAACAAUUUCGGAGACUGCCAAAUUAUAAUAUCGUAAUUCCCCCCUCGGAAAAGAUGCAGUGAAGUUGGCUCGGUGGAUGCCAUUGACCGCCAUAUUCAGGAGAAUCGCUCGAGACAGUUUCGAAAAAAAACUGGAAGGUGGUGGAUCGAGUGAAGUGACAAGAGCGUUGAAAGGUUAAGAACCCGUUCGUUGAGCGUAUUUGCGUGAAAAUCGGCGAAACCGGCAUAGUGAAAAACCCGUCGAGAUGGAGUUCAAGUUCAACGUAAAUAAACUCUUACCCAGAAAGAUCAACAAGGUCACGCAUACCCUCAUUCCAGAGGACUUCAGAGGUGAUCGUCGUGAAUUGAAUGAAUGUCAAAGACAAUUAAGCCGAGUUCUAGACGACAUGGGAGAGGCUUCUGCUAGAGCCCAAGGUCUGAACAAGCCAAUAACCAGCACCCUAAAACUUCGAGAUACUGACCAUGUAGUUUAUUUAUUAGUAGACAAUGAAGCUAACAACGGACUGGGCAGCGUGGUGGGAUUGUUGAAGACCGGAUCGAAGAACCUCUUCAUGUUCGACGAGACUGGUGCUCAUUACCAGCUAAAACCAAGAUGCAUUCUGGACUUCUACGUGCACGAGUCACGGCAACGCAUGGGCCUUGGCAAUAUUCUCUAUCAGCACAUGCUCUCCGAAGAGGAUAUUAGGCCUGUGAAAUUGGCGAUCGAUAGACCUUCAGAAAAGUUCCUGGCCUUUCUAGACAAAUACUAUGGUCUUUCGAAGAUUAUUCCGCAGAAUAAUAAAUUUGUCGUCUUUCGAGGAUUCUUCGACGACGAACGUCAGGAUGUGAGGACUAAUAGAUACAGUUUACCUGCAAAGACCUCGGUUGAUAUUGGUGCUUCUAACGUCGUACAUAAUAAUCUUGGGAAGAGUAAUUCUAGCUUAAAUGGUGUUCCAUACUCUUCCUCCGUUUCACGCAGCUCGUUUGGUAGAUACGCUGCAGCACGACCGCCUUGUUCCAUGGCCAAUAUAUUAAGCGAUUUCACUUCCAUGAAAACACCAGUUCAAUAUUCCCAAAAUCCUCUGCACAAUGGCAACACGUUCCUUUUACUCUUGUUUUCAGAUGAGAAACCGAGCACACCGACUGCAACACAAUUAAAACCGGAACGACCACGUUCGUUGAGUCUUUAUUCAGAAGAAGAACAGAAGCAACGUACAAGUGAAUUGUCAACAGUACCAACUCCUGCUUUACCGGACUAUCAACCAACUCCUUUAACUACCAUUUUACGGGAAACAGAGAAAACUGAAAAUAAUAUAAAACCAUCACCAUCGUGUAGUCAAGAAGUAGCUGGUUCAAAUCAACACAAUAGAUUAGAUCUGAAAUUCUACCACUCCCCUUUAUGGUAAAAGAAAGCACUGGGACAAUAUUAGAAUUAUAUCAUUUGCAUGUGCGAUAAAAUUAAGAAUGCUUUAUCUCUCAAAACAAUCAAUGGAAAGAUUAAUAAUAAGCUUAAUGGAAAUUAAACAGCUGUGGUACUUGAGGAGAGAAAUAUGUACAAUAACAAUUGGAGAAAGCAACUCUUUUAUUUUUUGUGAGACUAAUUAACAAAUUAUUAUUGAUUAUUUUGUAUAUCGUGAAAUUGCACUUUGAGCAAUAGAUAUAGAAACAAUACUUAGAUCAUUAUGACUAAUAAUUAAAACUUGAAAAGAAAUUGUAUAAGUUAUAUUUUCGUAAUAAAAUCCUAAAUUUAUGUCGAUGAUUUUUUCCAGCACUUUCUUAAGCUUUAAUUAGGCUUAAUAUUACAUUGAAAAAAGUACUGAAUUUGAAAUUAAACAUUUAAUCGAUAUGCUUCAGUUGAUUGAAACGAUGAUAAUAUUGAAAUUGUUAGUAAAUUAUUGUGAUGAAACAGAUUGAAAUCGUAGUACACGACUAAUAUCGUGUAGAAUGCAUAUAUAUAUACAUAUAUACAUAUAGGCUGGCUUGUAAUUUUAUACAUAGAUGAAAACGAUACAGGACAUUUUUCAUAUAUCACAAAUAUAGCGAUACGUGAUUUGUAUAAUAAACUUACCAUUCCUUUUAUUUU